CAUUCUAUUAAGUAGAGCGUUUUAUUUUCUCAAAGUGAAAAUGGAAAAAGAUGAGCAGGUUGAGAAGCCUGUGGUGCGCACAUUAUUUCGGCAGUCCUCGGUGGAGAUGAGAAUGUACCCUGAAACAGACCAGGGCUCUUCGUCAGACGAUCCAGACGAGGAAGAAGAAGUCGCUUCUUCUUACAAUCAGCAGGGGAAUAGCCCGAAUUUUAUUUUCACUCACGCUGCAAAUGCAGUGGUAACCAAAAAGGACGAGGAGGAGACAGAUUUCCGGCCCAGAGUUGUCAGUGCAGUGGUUAAAAGGGAUGAAAAACCACCCCCUACAACGCCGAGGCGCGUCUCCAGCCUGUCAAAUGCCGAAUUUAUCAAUCCCAUCCAGAAGCGAUGCAUGGGCGAGGAAGACUUGAGCAAGGCUGAAAAGGAAAUUAAAGAGGGUGAUGCCGAAAAAUUAGCAACUCAGCAAAAAAGCCACGCACGCGAUUCGCAGUCUUCAGUUUCAUCCUCUGCAAACACUCUAGAAAGGAAAAAAGUCAGCUUCGUGACGCCCCCAGGGGAAAAAACCAAACCAACUUUGGUGGAAAUUAUUGAGCCUGCCGAAAUUAGAGCGGCACACGAAGAUGACGAGAGGCCGCAAAGUGAAAGCAACAUUUCCAAAGAUGGAACCGAAUAUGCUGAAAUAAGCUACAGUGUUGGAACACUAAAAGCCCAAGAAAUGGCUUCACCUCGUCCCAAAUCUCCGCGAGCUGGCAAUGUUUCGGCCAAACCUGAGAAGGAGGAGAGCUUUUGGGAAAAGAUCGGCACUCUAGGACGAAAGAAACGCAUAAAAGAAGUGCAAGAAGUACAAGAAGAGGGCAAAUAUGCCAUCGACUCUCCAGGAAACCCGAUUGCAGCAGACCUUCCGCCGGAGGAAUAUGCUCUGGAUGAAAAUGAGGAGCGGUCCAUGAUCACACCGCAGUCCUUGGAGGACAGGCGUCUGCGAGAGCUGAUCGAAGUGCUGAUUGAGUGGGUGAACGACGAACUCGCCUCUCAGCGAAUCAUCGUCAAAAAUCUCGAAGAAGAUCUGUACGACGGCCAGGUGCUCCACAAAUUAAUUGAAACCCUGACGGGCGAGUAUUUGGACGUGCCUGAAGUGACCCAGUCCGAGGAAGGCCAGCGUCAGAAGCUGAACGUGGUUUUGUCGACGGCGAACAAGGUUUUGGGUCUGCCCCGCUGGUCGCAGAACAAGUGGAGCGUGGAGAGCAUCCACUCGAAGAACCUGGUGGCCAUCCUGCACCUGCUGGUGGCGCUGGCCCGGCACUUCCGAGCUCCGGUUCGCCUGCCUGAGCGCGUCGCCGUGCAGGUGGUCGUGGUGCAGAAGCUGCAGGGCGGCGCACUCGCCCACCGCACGGUCAACGAGGAAAUCACCUCGACCUACGACGACCUCGGGCUGCGCGGCGAAAGGGAUGCCUUCGACACACUCUUCGACCACGCCCCUGACAAGCUGCAAGUCGUCAAAAAGUCGUUGGUGACGUUUGUCAACAAGCAUUUGAACAAACUCGGUCUGGAGGUCACGGACCUGGACACGCAAUUCCACGACGGCGUUUUCCUGGUCCUUCUGAUGGGGCUGCUGGAAGGGUUCUUUGUGCCUUUAUAUGCCUUCCACAAUACUCCUCACGAUUUCGACCAAAAAGUACUCAACGUGAAUCUGGCUUUCGAUUUAAUGCAGGAUGUUGGUUUGGCCAGACCCAAAGCCAGGCCCGAGGAUAUUGUCAACCUGGAUCUGAAGUCAACACUGCGUGUUCUCUACAAUUUAUUCACGAAGUACAAGAAUCUGAGCUAAAUUCCAGCAGUGUAUUUUCGCAAAUUAUGACAACUGUAAUUUAAUAAUCAAAAGUCACUAAUUCCUUGUUAGUGCUCUGAUUCAGUCUUAACAGAGCUUAAUUUUUGUACUAAAACUUCUUGUGCCUAUCAUGCAGUAUUAAUUGUAGCGAUUAGAAUGACGUAAUCUGUGCCUUUUUUAAUUGGUCUGUUUCACAAAUUGUUAAUAAUUACUAUAUGUAUUGUUUAUAAGAGAACUGACAGCGAAUAUAUAUGGAUCAAUAAAAUACUUAAAAGAUAAAA